ACCUGCCGCGGUGUCACGUGAGCUAUCACAGUGAGCACCUUCUUCACUGGGCUUUUGGCCGCGGAGCUUUAUCUCGGAGUUACCACUCUAGCGUCGGUAUUUCCCCGGUUCCAUGGGAGAGGACGAUGAGGAAGCGCGGGCGCUGCUGGAAGGCAGCCCCAGUGAGGCUGGCAGAGGUGCCUCGGCCGUCCCCGCUGUCCCCCGGGCGCUGCCGGCCCUUUGCGACCCCAGUCGCCUGGCGCACCGGCUUUUGGUGCUGUUGCUGAUGUGCUUCCUAGGCUUCGGCAGCUAUUUUUGCUAUGAUAAUCCUGCUGCUCUUCAGACUCAAGUCAAACGGGAUAUGCAGGUGAAUACCACGAAAUUCAUGCUGCUGUAUGCCUGGUAUUCUUGGCCCAAUGUAGUUUUGUGUUUUUUUGGUGGCUUUUUGAUAGACCGAGUAUUUGGAAUACGAUGGGGCACCAUUAUUUUUAGCUGCUUUGUUUGCAUUGGACAGGUAGUUUUUGCUCUGGGUGGAAUAUUUAAUGCUUUUUGGCUGAUGGAAUUUGGAAGGUUUGUGUUUGGGAUUGGUGGGGAGUCUUUAGCAGUUGCCCAAAAUACAUAUGCUGUGAGUUGGUUUAAAGGCAAAGAAUUAAACUUGGUGUUUGGACUCCAACUUAGCAUGGCUAGAAUUGGAAGUACAGUAAACAUGAACCUCAUGGGAUGGCUGUAUUCUAAGGUUGAAGCUUCGUUGGGUUCUGCUGGUCAUACAACCCUUGGGGUCACACUUCUGAUUGGAGGUAUAACAUGUGUUCUUUCACUAAUCUGUGCCUUGGUUCUCGCUUACUUGGAUCAGAGAGCAGAACGAAUCCUUCAUAAAGAACAAGGAAAAACAGGUGAAGUUAUUAAGUUAACUGAUGUGAAGGACUUCUCCUUACCCCUGUGGCUGAUAUUUAUCAUCUGUGUCUGCUAUUACGUGGCAGUCUUCCCUUUCAUUGGACUUGGGAAAGUUUUCUUUACGGAGAAAUUUGGAUUUUCUCCCCAGGCAGCAAGUGCUGUUAACAGUAUUGUGUAUGUCAUAUCAGCUCCGAUGUCCCCAAUAUUUGGGCUCCUGGUGGAUAAAACAGGGAAGAACAUCAUCUGGGUUUUGUGUGCAGUGGUUACCACUCUUGCUGCCCACAUCUUGCUGGCCUUCACACUGUGGAAUCCUUGGAUUGCUAUGUGUCUCCUGGGAAUCUCCUAUUCGUUACUUGCCUGUGCAUUGUGGCCAAUGGUGGCGUUUGUAGUUCCUGAACAUCAGCUAGGAACCGCAUAUGGCUUCAUGCAGUCCAUUCAGAAUCUUGGGUUGGCGAUCAUUUCCAUUAUUGCUGGCAUGAUAUUGGAUACUCGGGGAUAUUUGUUUUUAGAAGUUUUCUUCAUUGCCUGUGUUUCUUUGUCACUUUUAUCUGUGGUCUUACUCUAUGUGGUGAAUCGUGCUCGAGGGGGGAACCUAAAUUAUUCUGCAAGACAAAGGGAAGAAGUAAAACUUGCUCAUGCUGAAUGAGAAGCUUAAAUGACUGUGUCAUGAGAUGGGCUGCACACAUCAUUGGUUUGAAAACUUCUAUUUUUUUUUUAAAUCUAGAGAUUAAUCAUUAGGAAAAAUAAUGGUGUGGAAGGUUUUUAUAUUUAUAUUUCAAAAAUACCUAAUUCAAAGUAUAUUUGUGAUGACUAUUUUGGCCUCUGUCUUAUGAAUUGUGUAUUGCUGAAGAAUUCUACUUUGGAAUGGGCUAAUCAACAGUGAGGUUUAGAAAGUUUCUCUGGUAUAUACAGGUGAACUUUAGUGAGGACAGUAAAUAGUGGAAAACUUGGAUCUUGUAUUGAGAUAAUUUUCAGAAGAAGCAUCUUUAAAUCUUAAAGCAAAAAAAAAAGGCUUUUGAAGGGUAGAAGGGAUAUUUUAUACAGAAUAAACAGUGGCAUGUUCAUAGGCAUUCCCUAUUUUGAUAGGGAAUAUUUGAAAGAUAUUUUUUAUGCAGUCUUUUCAUUUUCACAAAUAGCAGAUUGAAUUCUGCUCUCUUUAGUUAUGAGAGGUUGAUGAGCAGUGACCCUUUUGAACUUCUUUGUAUCUCCAUUACUCAGGACCCUGAUCACUUAGAGAUGUAAUUUUGUGCUAGAGUUUUUUCUUACAAUCUAAUUAAUUACUAAGCAGUAUCCUUGAAAUUAUGCAUAUCUACAUGGAUUAAAACACUGCAAAAAGAAUACUUGAUGUCUUUUAAAACUUGAUUGUUUAAAAAAUAUUAAAACACUGAUUUUAACUGUUGAUUAUUUGGAAGAUGAUCUCUAUAAGAAAGUCUAAGUUGGAGGGGCUCUGGGGUGGCUCAGUCUGUUAAGUAUCUUGACUCUUGAUUUUGGCUCAGGUCAUGUACUCAGUUUGUGAGUUCGAGCCCCAUAUCAGGCUCUGUGCUGAUGGUGUGGAACCUGCUUGGGAUUCUGUCUCUGCUUCUCUCCCUCCUUCCCCAGGUUGUGCUCUCUCUCUCACUCUCUCUUAAAAAAUAAAUAAACAAACAAAUAAAUAAACUAAAAAAAAAGAUCUAAGUUGGAAUAAAGAAAAUUUGCUUAAUUAAAGUCUUUAUAAGUCAGUGGAGCACCUUUUUCUCCAGAGUAGGACUUUAAAUCACAUUUAUAUAUUUCAGAUUAAAUAUGGUUAUAAAAUUUCUUUGACAAACUUAAAAACUUUUUAAUUGACUUAGUCUUAGCAUAUUAUAUGUUAAAGUCAAGAAAUUUUUCAUGUGAUUUGCUUUUCAGGAGCAUGCAGAUAUUUUAGACAACUAUUAAACUGUCAUAUUUAGCUAAUUAUAUUAUUUGAAAUAUAUGACAUUGUAUGCUUGAAAGUUCUGGAACACAUUGAAAAUGCAUUCCUGAUUCAAGUUAAGUUUUAUUUACAUCAAUUUUUCUGAUUUACCGUUUAUUGUGUCAUUAUUCAUUUGUGAGUUCUUUAGGUUUUGAUUGCCCUGUGACUGUUCUAGCCCGGAUUAUUGAAUGUUGGCUUUACCAGUUGGUGAGAGUGGAGGAAGCCAGCUGCUACUGUUGCUGGAGGGUUUGUGUGGUCCAGCCUCUGCCUUACUCUUUCCACCACCUCUGUGCCUCAGCCACAGUUAGCUGCUUAAUUACAUUUUUUUAAAUGGGUCGUGUUCCUCCCCUUUUCAGGGGCCUUGUCCAUGCUGCUCCCUCUGACUAGAAUAUUUAACUCAAAAUUCUCCACAGGCUGGUUUCACCUCAUUCACAACAGAAAACCUUAGCCCCAGCUCAGAACCAUUCUUCCUGUGGAAACUCUUCCAGGCCCUUUAGGUUAUAUCAAGUUCUUCUAAAAUUUCUGUGAUCUUUGAAAAGCCCUGUGCUUUUUCCUUCUUAGCUUACCUCAGCUUAUAAUGAAGAAUUUGUGAUAGUGUGGGUUUUGUUAUCUACCUCUUCCUUUAGAUUGUAAGCUCCAUGAGGGCAGGGACUAUGUCUAUUAUGUUAAUUACGAUUGUGUCAAUAGUGCCUAGCACAAAGUAAGCACAAAAUAAAUAUUUUUUUGAAUAAUGCAUAAAUAAAAAGGAGAGUAAAGUGGAAUAACCUUUUUGGAGGAUAAGUUGGCAAUAUGAAUAAAAAGACCUGAAAAGGAUGGUGAUGGGCUCUGUGCCUUUUGGCUUAGCAAUUUCAUUUCUAAUAAUUUAUCCCAAGGAAACCAUUAGACAAGUACACACAUAAAUGUCUUUUAAGAAAGUAUUUUCAUUGCAAGAUUGCUUGUAAUAGCCUAAAAUAGGAAACCACCCGUGUUUAUAAGAAUAGAAGUUUUGUUAAGUACUUGGUAUCAUGUGCUUAAAGUGAAAUAUUAAAG